UGCAGGCCAGCACCCAGCUGCUGACUGCCUAUCGAGAGACAGUUCACAGCACAACUCAGGAAACUUUUCAUCAGUUUGGAUCUCUGAUUGGAGCAAUAGCACCAUACAGCUGUGAUUCACUGGCCACGUCUCGUCAGUGGGUGUUUGACUGUAUCAGCUGCCUUCUCUGUAUACAAGGCCAGCCCAUGAACCUGGGGUCAGUGGAAGAGGAGCUGAGAUGUCUCCAUGAAGAACUAACAGCAGCUCCGGACCCUGAAGCUCUGUUUCAGGCAUCUUCCAAAAUGGCCAGGGUUGUUAGUGAGUACUUUCCCCCAGAACAGGCCACAGCCUUUAUUGAGGCCACAGUGGAAAGUAUGCUGUCUGCCAGCCCCACCUGUGCCACAGCAGCUGGACUGUGGAUGAAGGUUAUACUGAAGGAGUGUGGAGAUGCCAUGCUUGAUAAGGUGCCAGCUAUUGUGGGUAUAAUAUAUAGCCACAUGGCUACUAUCCAGGAGGGCAGCUUGAGGCAAUUCCUGCUGGAGGCAGUGUCUAUUUUAGCUCACCAUCACCUAGAGGCAGUGAUCUCCAGCCUACUCAGCAACCAUCUGCCAAUGGACAGUGACACCAGUGAGCUGUGGAGAUCUCUAGGGGGAGACCCCUUGCUUGCCACUCAGGUCCUACAGGUCCUAAUAGAAAAAAUAAAGAUGUCAACAAGCCAAGAAGAAAGCAUCACCUCACAGACUGAAACUGACAGGCAUUUGGCAGCUGCUGAACCUCUCUCAGCAACAUGUGCCAUCUUUGAGGUGGUGUCAGCACAGCAGUCGAGCAAAGCUGUGCAGGAGCUGCUCCCAGAGUUGUUUCCUGUUCUCCUGCAGCAGGUCAGCCGAACCUCAGGACAAAAGAUGCCUUUGCCAAGGAUAAGAAGCCGGAGCCUAUUCCAAAAAGACCAACAACAUACUGAGGGCAACCCUUGCCGGUUUUCUGUCCAAGCAUUAGAAUCUGUGCUUUCUAAAGCUGGGAAUGAGAGACUGGUGAGAGUGCUCAGGAUGCAGAAAACAUGGAUUCUGCUUGAAAACCCCCAGACUCACCAUGAGGGAGUGUGUCUGCUGGUGAGUGUUCUGCUAAGAUUUGGACUAAUAACACUUGAGAUCAUCCAGAGCCUCCUCCCCUGGGUGAAUUCCCCAAUGGAAAACUUCCGAGUCACCGGCACAGCUUUCCUUGCCCAGCUAAUGACUGAUCCCAUGCUCAGGGAGAAGAAGUUGCUUAAGAGUGUCUUGCGCAUCUUGGAAGAAAGGUCACAGGAUAGGAACAGCAUUGUCCGUCAGAUGGCUGUAAGAGGCCUGGGAAAUAUAGUCAAUGGGGCGCCUGUGAAGGUGAAAAAAUACAAGAAGUUUCUUCUGGACAUACUGAUCGGGGCCUUACAUGAUAUUUUCAGUUCUGAAGUGAUUGGUGAGAGCAUGAAAGCACUGGCCAAAGUCCUGAAGGAGCUGAAAGAGAAGGACAUUGGUUCUUCCUUCAAAGACCUCACCCAACAGAUCCGGACCUACUUUGACGAUGAGGACGAUGCUCUUCGCUCAGUGGCCUUUGUCCUAUUUGGCAUCCUGGCUCAGUUGACAAAGAAAAAACGGAAGGCCUAUUUCGCUGAGCAGGUUCGAAAGAGCUGGGUCACACUUCUGCUGCACCUGCAAGACCCAAGCCCCGAGGUUUCAAUGGAAUGCAGAGCUACGUUUCACCUCUGUUUCCCGUUUUUGGGACUGAAGAGGCUCCAACAUGCGAUCAAUAGGCACCUUGGUGGCAGAGCCGAGCUGAAGCCUGAAGAGCUCCAGAUGGACAUUUGCAGACACCUUGCCAAAGAAAAUGCAGAACUGCUGGAGAACUUGUACAGCACCACCAUCGCUUACUUCAGUAGCAGCUGGGAAGGGAUCCGGGCAGUUGCCGCCAACUUAGCUGGCAUCAUCCUGGAACACACAGACACUCAGCGUAUGAAAUGGCUGGACCUGGAACAUCUGCUGAUGUCUCUCCAGGUCCUAGAGAAAGACCCAAGUCCCACUGUCCAGCUGGUGGCAACUGAGCUCAUAAGUGACAUCUGUCCUGGCCGAGCGCUUGGCGAAUGAAGCAGAACGGAGACCAACAGAACAAGGCGCUCCAGUGGUAUAAGGGCCCUACCAUCAAUCAAAUGUUAACCUCACCCCUUGACCCCGGCAGCAAGAUGUGUCAUGUGACCCCUCUAAGAACUCCUCCCACUUUCCUCUACCAAUCAGGAUGGGUUUCGCCCCAAUAGGAAUGCCCCGAGAGAAGACUUGACCAAUCAGGGGGAGUUCCGGGGCAGGUGACGUGUCCUUUGUGUGACCCCUCUAAGAACUCCUCCCAUUGCCAUCUACCGAUCAGGAUGGGUUUCAGCCACUGGGGAUCACUCCAAGAGGAGAUUUGACCAACUGGGGGGAAUUCUGGGGUGGGG